UCUUAAUUCCGAUUCUUCUUAGCAAAUAAAAUAAACAAAUGAAUAAGCCAACUUACAGCACGUGAUCGAAUACCGCCAGGCUGGCAACCAGCUAGGAAAACCCGACGUGGCAUCACCGAUUAUUUGAAAAAGUGUCAAAAGUACAGGAGCUACUUGCUCGAAUAGAGUUACACAUCUGUAAUGUAGAUUUACCCCUAAAAUCGAACGAUAGAAAUUAGUACAAGGGGCUUCCAGGCAUACGAACCUCUUCUUAAAAUGGUUCGAGUAUCCUUUUUACAUCCUGAUUUGGGUAUCGGCGGUGCGGAGAGGUUAGUCGUUGAUGCUGCGUUAGCUUUGAAGAGGAAGGGUCACGAAGUGAACUUUAUUACCUCACACCACGACCCCGAUCACUGUUUCACUGAAACUAGGGAUGGAACGAUCCCGGUCACCGUCGUCGGAGAAUGGCUGCCGAGAAAUAUUUUCGGCAAAUUUUUUGCCCUUUGUGCUUACGUCAGGAUGGUUUAUGCGGCAAGCUAUAUGUUUUUUCUGGGUGACAGACCUGACGUAGUCUUCUGUGAUUUGGUCUCUGUCUGCAUUCCUGUACUUCGUCUAUACGUCCCCUACGUUAUCUACUAUUGUCAUCAUCCAGAUCAACUUUUGUCGUCGCCUGGUAGCACGUGGAAAUCGUUUUAUCGAGCUCCCCUCAAUUAUCUAGAGGAAAUAACGACAGGACAGGCGGAUAAAAUAUUUGUCAACAGCAAAUAUACAGCAACUGUAUUCAAGGAUACGUUUAAAAGACUGAAUGUGAACCCUGAAGUACUCUAUCCGUCAAUCAAUACGGAAUAUUUUGACAAAACAAGAAUUGUAUCUCUGGAAAGAGCCUUGGACAAAAAGUUACCUGAGGAUAGCAUUAUAUUUCUAUCCAUCAACCGAUACGAACGAAAGAAAAAUUUGAAUCUUGCUAUACAAGCUCUCGCCGAGUUAAAAUCACUCGUCACAGAUGAAGAUUACAAGAGAGUUCACUUGAUCAUGGCCGGAGGAUACGAUAAACGUGUAGAAGAAAAUGUGGAUCAUUACGUAGAAUUGACAGGUUUAGCCGAUGAAUUACAAGUUACGGAGAAGAUCACAUUUCUUCGUUCUCCAUCUGAUGUUAACAAAGUUUCGAUUCUCAACCACUGCAACGCUCUGAUAUACACUCCACCUAAUGAACAUUUUGGCAUAGUCCCUCUGGAAGCAAUGUAUGCAAAAAAAUUAGUAAUUGCCAAUAACUCCGGUGGCCCUACAGAGUCUAUAAUCAAUGGGGUAACCGGUUACCUUGUUGAUUUGUCUGGAAAAGCUUUUGCUGAGAAAAUGGCUAUUGUUGUAAAAGAUAAGACAAUAGGAUUAAAGUUUGGUGAAGCUGGAAAAGAACAUUUCAUAAAAACAUUCAGCUUUAACGCAUUCAGUAACCAAUUAGAUCAGUCAAUACAGAAUUUCAUAGAGAGGAAGAAAUCUAAUUGAAAUCCUUACAUUGGCUUGCUGGGAUAGUUUAAAUAACUGCAAAAACUGGUUAUUGUUGUCUUAAUUAUUAAGGGUAUUAAGCAUUUCACAGGCCGGGUUUUCUAUUUAUUACAUAUUCUUAGAAUUACUGUUUGUACUGAUAUUAAUAAGUUACGAAUAGACUUUAAAACUCACGGAAAUAUUUUUUCUUACUAUUUUCCUGCCCAUCGCGAAUACCGACAUGUACUGAAGACGGAUCAUUUUCCUUAAUCAAGUAAUGCUUCUUUGAAACGGUGAAACAAAGAAUUUGUAUACAAAUGACCGUAGUUUUGGAUAUUUUAUUUUUAUUUAAUAAAAUUUAUUGUUAUUUUAAUCCAGACGUACCUGAACUUGCAAAAAUGAGAGAAGAUAGAAAAGUAUAGCCACGAAUCUUAUAGUCAGAUAACUUCUGAAAGAUUUCAACAUUUUUAGACGGACGAAAAAACAUGGCCACACUUUCUGUAACUUAAUAUAUUUGUUUUAUUUUUAUUUAUUCUUUACCUAUUUUAACAAAAUAUUGCAUAUUAGCUAUUAUCAAUAUUAAUUUUUGGUCUCUAUCCCAUACUGCUACACAGCCUUUAUAACUGGCUAGUUACGAAUUAUUAUUAUCAUCAU